UUGGAAAAGGUAGUCGCCAAUGCGAAAGCCUCCACCACCACCACCGCCACAGAUGAGCCCGGGCCCUCCAAAGCGCCAAAACGACAGCGUCUCUGGAUCGAACAUCUGGACGGUGUUUCAUCGGACGACUCCGACGAUUCCUCACGCUCCUCCUCCUCCUCAUCUGCCGAGGCACCCCCGAAGUCGGACUCGGUGCCAGCGACGGCGACGGUCAUCUCAUCCAUCGAAAAAACGCCAAAAGAGGAAGCUUCGGGAGAGAAGACUGACGAUACUCCGACAGGCAAGCCCAAGGAACCGACCCCGUCUUCUGCCGCUGCUGCCGCCGCCAGUCCAACUCCUGCAUCCAAACUGGAACCCGUCCCUAGUCAGCCG